CUCGCCUUUUUAGAGAGAGAAACACGAGCUCCCCCACCCCCACCCCCAUCUCCCCACCGAGGUAGUAGAGAGAGAAACCCAGACCCAGGCCUCCCCCCGCCCCUGCACCGAGCUCAGGCCGUAGCGGAGGAGGAGGAGGAGAUGGAGAGGCCGGCGCCGGUGAGGAAGUCCCACACCAACACGGCGGACCUGCUGGCGUGGCCGGAGGGGGCGCAGCCGGAGCUCGCCGACGGGGCCACGCCGCCGCCCAACCGCCGCCCGCACCAGCCGUCGGAGGCGAUCCACAAGGUGGUGUUCGGCGGGCAGGUCACGGAGGAGGAGGCCGAGAGCCUCAACAAGAGGAAACAAUGCUCGGCUCCCAAGUGGAAGGAGAUGACAGGAAGCGGCAUAUUUGCAGCUGGAGGUGAGGCUGAGGAAGACGAAUCCGCUAACGCUUCUGCAACACCCGUCCGAACGGCUUCAAAGAAUUAUCAGGCAAUCAGUACCAUAAGUCACAUCUCCUUUGCUGAGGACGAAAGUGUUUCUCCCAAGAAGCCAACCUCCAUAGCCGAGGUGGCAAAGCAGCGAGAGCUAAGUGGCACGCUCCAGAGCGAGGAUGACAGCAAGCUGAAGAAGCAGGUAUCCAAUGCGAAAUCGAAGGAGCUGAGCGGCCACGGCAUCUUUUCUCCUCCAGAGGACCUCAGGCCACGCAACUCGGAGAACGGCUCGACCUCGCAGACGCCAGGGAAGAACGCACAGGUGAGCAGCAUCAAAUUCGGAGAGGCCGACGACGCCGACAGCGUUGUGAAGACCGCGAAGAAGAUCCCGACGAAGAAGUUCAACGACCUGACGGGCAACAACAUCUUCAAGGGCGACGCCGCGGAGGCCCCCGGCACGGCGGAGAAGCAGCUGAGCGACGCCAAGCUCAAGGAGAUGAGCGGCAGCAACAUCUUCGCCGACGGCAAGGCGCCGGCCCGGGACUUCCUCGGCGGCAUCCGCAAGCCCCCCGGCGGCGAGAGCAGCAUCGCGCUGGUCUAACAGCGACGACGACAACCCCUGAUGGACAGGACAGGACAGACAUAGCCUACAACAUUCUUCGUUCUUCACCUUCACCCCGUCGCCGUCUCGAUCUAGGAGUGAUUGAUUUCUAGGGAGCUUUUUUUUCUUCGUCGUCGUCGUUGGUGGGACUGAUCUGCGAUUGAGCUUCUGGUUUGGUUUUCCCCCUUUCCUUUUCCUGGCGCCGGGUGCUUCCCCUUUCCUGUUCUCGCUGUUAAUUAAUCCUCAUGGUGUGGUUAGUGGCUGCGGCAAGCAAGCAACGUUGAUGGCUCGUUCGUUCGUUGGUUCGUCGUCAGGUCGCCUCCUCUAAGUUAACAACAAUUGGUGUGCA